AUGGAACGACUUAACGCCGGCCGGAAGAGCCGCCACCCAUCGAAAGUGGCCGAGAUGCCAUUCAUUGUCUCCCGGGAUCUUGAAAAGGCCGACGCUACCACCAGGAAGCUUAUCCGCAGCCAUGUGAUGCAGGGGAGGAAGAAGAGGGUCCGUCCUCGCAAGAGCAUGCAAGUGCAGGCCGUUGUAAUACACUCCAUCCCGAAGGAGGUGGAAUCCGAACCAACGCUGGCGGAGGAGAUGAGGCAUCGGUACACGACCUCCAUGCCGAGACGCGUUGGCUCAGACCUCUCCUUCAUUGACUUUGCUGAUGAUAUAGAGCUGUCGAUGCUUCUCAACAUGACGAAAAUCGCUGAUGUCGCCCUGGGCAUCAUCUUCCCCCUAUUGAACGUAGUCGGGCUGCGGGUGGACCAGGAAAAGCGACUGUAUCCGAUACAAGGUGACGCCGCUGCCCUUCACAUCUCCGUCUACGCCGUUGAAGAUUUUAUCAACAAAGUAUUGCUGUAUAACCGCAGUCCUAGCUAUAACGCGAUGAUCCACUACCAUAAAGGAUUGCGGAUCCUUCGGGAGCGGCUCCUGGGUGAUGAUGAAAAAGCAAAAGUAGCAGACUCUACACUCGGGGCGAUAUUGAAGCUUGUAAGUGCCGCGCAAUUCUGCGGAGACACGCAGACAGCUGUCCAGCAUAUGAGGGGUGUCCACCGGAUUGUAGAUAUCAGGGGCGGGUUGAACGUCUUUGACGGGACGGAAAUCCAGUUCGAGACGUGCAGAUAUGACCUGAGCAUUGCUCUCCUGAAUGGGUUGAAGCCCUUCUUUUUCACUUCGGAGAAAUCAUUAAUUCCGUAUCCCGAGGAGCUUCUGGUGUCGGGUGAAGAACACAUGGGCUCUCAGGAGCAUACGAGCUUUCUGUGCCAUGUACACAAUGAUCUAGCAGUGGCUUGGCGCGUGUUGAGAAGAUUCUGCUCACUGGCUAAUCUUGGAGUACAAACUCGCCGUCGGAUGCGUCCUCGGCUGAUCCAUGAAACAAUGAAUUCAGUCAUGUACCGCCUCCUCCACAUGGAGUUUGCUGCCGAUUCGAUUGAUGAGUCUGUGCGGUUCGGGCUACUGGCAUUCUCUCAUCAUGUCUUUCUCCAGUGGCAUGACAUCCGGCCAGUCAGUUCUUACUUUUCCCACACCUACCGAGGCCGAAUUCUGCAAUCAGACUUUUCUAAGAGAUUGCCACCGCAUCUAAUUCUUUGGUUUCUGAUGAUCGCAGCGAUCUCAAUCUUCAACGUUUCGGCAGAGAUCUGGCUCGAAGAUGCCCUACGGGAAUAUGUUGAAAAGAGUGGUCUGAGAAAAUGGAAGGAUGUGCAAGAAAUGAUGAAUUCAGUCAUGUGGGUUGCAGCGCUUGAUGAGCAACCAGCGAGACGCAUUUUCAACUCGAUUCGGCCAAAGAGACCUAAAGGUUGA